GCAGAAGAAGGAAAGUCCCUGUGGGAGUUGGUGCUGGAGCAGUUUGAAGAUCUCCUCGUCCGCAUCCUCCUGAUGGCGGCUUUUUUGUCCUUCAUCCUGGCCUGGUUUGAAGAAGGAGAGGAGACCACGACAGCAUUCGUGGAGCCCAUUGUCAUUAUCAUGAUCCUGAUCGCCAACGCCGUGGUGGGCGUGUGGCAGGAGAGGAACGCCGAGAGCGCCAUCGAAGCCCUGAAGGAGUACGAGCCCGAGAUGGGGAAGGUGAUCCGCGCCGAGCGCAGCGGGGUGCAGCGCAUCCGCGCCCGCGACAUCGUCCCCGGGGACAUCGUGGAGGUGGCAGUUGGUGACAAGGUGCCAGCAGACAUCCGGAUCAUCGAGAUCCAGUCCACAACACUGCGGGUCGACCAGUCCAUCCUCACAGGGGAGUCUGUGUCGGUGAUCAAACAUGCUGACCCCAUCCCUGACCCCCGGGCUGUCAACCAGGACAAGAAGAACAUGCUUUUCUCAGGCACCAACAUCUCCGCCGGGAAGGCCGUGGGGGUGGUGAUUGCGACGGGGCUGUACACGGAGAUCGGGAAGAUCCGAAACCAGAUGGUGGAGACAGAGCCUGAGAAAACCCCCUUGCAGCAGAAGCUGGACGAGUUCAGCCAGCAGCUCUCCAAAGUGAUCUUCCUGGUGUGCGUCGCCGUCUGGGUCAUCAACGUCAGCCACUUCAGCGACCCGGUCCACGGGGGCUCCUGGUUCCGAGGGGCCAUCUACUACUUCAAGAUUUCGGUGGCGCUGGCGGUGGCUGCCAUCCCUGAGGGCCUCCCUGCUGUCAUCACCACCUGCCUGGCCCUGGGCACCCGCCGCAUGGCCAAGAAGAACGCGAUCGUGCGGAGCCUGCCCUCGGUGGAGACCCUGGGCUGCACCUCCGUCAUCUGCUCCGACAAGACCGGCACGCUCACCACCAACCAGAUGUCCGUCUGCCGGAUGUUCAUUAUGGAGAAGGUGGAGGGCACCCAGUGCAGCCUGCACGAGUUCAGCAUCACUGGCUCCACCUACGCCCCCGAGGGACAGAUCCUGAAGGACGGGCAGCCGGUGCAGUGCGGGCAGUACGACGGGCUGGUGGAGCUGGCCACCAUCUGUGCCCUCUGCAACGACUCCUCCCUGGACUACAACGAGUCCAAGAAAGUCUAUGAGAAGGUGGGGGAAGCCACUGAAACAGCCCUGACAUGCCUCGUGGAGAAGAUGAAUGUGUUCAACACAGACACCAGCAAACUCUCCAAGGUGGAACGAGCCAACGCCUGCAACUCAGUGAUCAAGCAGCUGAUGAGGAAGGAGUGUACCCUGGAGUUCUCCCGGGACCGCAAGUCCAUGUCCGUGUACUGCACCCCCACUGGCCCUGCCCACAACUCCACUGGCAGCAAGAUGUUUGUCAAGGGCGCCCCGGAAAGCGUGAUCGAUCGCUGCACCCACGUCCGCGUGGGCACCGCCAAGGUCCCUCUGAGCGCCCCGGUGCGGGAGAAGAUCCUGAGCAGGAUCCGGGACUGGGGGAUGGGCAUGGACACCCUGCGCUGCCUGGCCCUGGCCACGCACGAUGCCCCGGCCCGCAGGGACACUCUGCAGCUGCACGACUCCUCUGCCUUCCUGCACUACGAGGUGAGGCCACCCUGCACCUUUCCCUUUCUUCUUUUCCUUAUUCCUGAAGUUUUCCCACCCGCUUCCGGCUCCCUCCAGCCGUGUUUUCUCCCUGGUUUCUCUGCUCGGCUCCUCUCCUGCAAGCUCUGCUGCAGGGCUGCACACAGCAGGGACGUGACAGGCAGGGCCUCCACGGGCCGGGAGUUCGACGAGCUGCCCCCCGAGGCGCAGCGCCAGGCCUGCCACCGCGCCUGCUGCUUCGCCCGCGUCGAGCCGGCGCACAAGUCGCGCAUCGUCGAGUACCUCCAGUCCUUCCACGAGAUCACCGCCAUGACAGGGGACGGUGUCAACGACGCCCCGGCGCUGAAGAAGGCGGAGAUCGGCAUCGCCAUGGGGUCGGGCACGGCCGUGGCCAAGUCGGCUGCCGAGAUGGUGCUCUCUGAUGACAACUUCUCCACCAUCGUCUCGGCUGUCGAGGAGGGCAGGGCCAUUUACAACAACAUGAAGCAGUUCAUCCGCUACCUCAUCUCCUCCAACGUGGGGGAGGUCGUUUGCAUCUUCCUGACGGCCAUCCUGGGCUUGCCUGAGGCCCUCAUUCCCGUGCAACUGCUGUGGGUGAACCUGGUGACAGAUGGUCUGCCAGCCACUGCCCUGGGCUUCAACCCUCCUGACCUGGACAUCAUGGACAAGCUGCCCCGCAACCCCAAGAAGCCCCUCAUCAGUGGUUGGCUCUUCUUCCGCUACCUGGCCAUCGGAGUGUACGUGGGCUUGGCCACCGUGGGUGCAGCAACCUGGUGGUUCCUGUACGACGCCGAUGGACCUCAGGUCUCCUUCCAUCAGCUGAGGAACUUCAUGAGGUGCACCAAGGACAACCCCAUCUUUGAAGGGAUUGACUGUGAGAUCUUCGAGUCCCGAUACCCAACCACGAUGGCUCUGUCUGUGCUGGUGACCAUCGAGAUGUGCAACGCUCUCAACAGUCUCUCUGAGAACCAGUCGCUGCUGCGGAUGCCACCAUGGCUCAACAUCUGGCUGCUAGGGGCCAUUGUCAUGUCCAUGGCUCUGCACUUCCUCAUCCUCUACGUCAAGCCCAUGCCUCUGAUCUUCCAAGUCACCCCACUGAGCUGGCCACAGUGGGUGGUUGUGAUGAAGAUCUCCCUGCCCGUGAUCCUGCUGGAUGAAGGACUCAAGUACAUUUCCCGCAACCACCUGGAAGACAUUCUCAGGACAGUAAACCACACGUGGAGUGGGGAGCACCAGUUGAAAACCUGCAGGACUCCAGACCAAGGUGAGGACAGCAGCCCCUGGCUGCAUUUGCAGGAGCUGAAGGUGGUGGCCACACCUGCAGCUUUUUGA